AUGCAGCUCAUUCUUUUCUACCGGUGUAAGUCGGGAUGGGUACCCCGAUUGCUUCGGUGUGCUAUACUGCUCUCUGUGUUCAGAAAGACAGUAUCGUACGGUCUACCGUUUUCUACAAAACCUGCAAGCAUCUGGUCGGAGCUGCUUUGGAAUAACGGGUCGUCACAGGAUACCCUGGCCUCCUCCACAAACCGAAUCGUCCCCGGCGAGCAGUGUGAUCGGGUGUGCGUAGCCGGUGAGCAACCCCUAACAUGCCACUUUCACUGGAAGCUGGAGAACUUUGCCAGCAUGGGCUCGUCCUGCUGGAACUGCAGUCGCGGUGUGCGGUCCCACUGCUUUCACCGACAAUGCGUAACCACCGAUGGUACGGAGCGCGGUGUACUGACCAUCAACCGAAAGCUCCCCGGUCCGAUGGUGCACGUUUGCAAGCACGAUACGGUCGUGGUGGAUGUGAAGAACCAUCUCGAGGGUGCCGGUUCGACGAUCCACUGGCACGGUUUCCAUCAGCACGCGACCCCCUGGAUGGACGGUGUCCCGAUGGUCACGCAGUGUCCGAUCGCGCAGGGUACCACCUUUCGUUAUCGUUUCGAGGCGGAAGAAGCAGGGACCCAGUUCUAUCACUCACAUGCCGGCUUCCAGAAGGCGAACGGACACUACGGUAUGAUUGUGGUGCGGAAUCCCACCGACCUGAACCGGGCGCUGUACGACCACGAUCUGUCCGAGCACCGGAUCAUCAUUUCGGACUGGACACGGGACAUGGUGGAGAAGUGGGUCCCGGGCAUCCAGUCCGACUCGAUGCGCAUCGACUCCAUCCUGAUCAAUGGCCGCGGACGAUAUUUUAAUGCAACGCUCGGCUCACGAACCGAGGCACCACUGACGGUGUAUCGCGUCGAGUACGGUCAACGGUACCGCUUCCGGUUGAUCAGCAGUGGCAGCCAGUACUGUCCGUUUCAGCUACAGAUUCAGAAUCACAGCAUGCUGGUCAUCUCGACGGACGGUGGAACGGUGGAGCCAGAAUAUUCGUUCGACACCCUCGUCUCCAUAUCCGGCGAACGGUAUGAUUUCGUGCUGGAAGCGAACCAACCCCCGGGCAACUACUGGGUUCGAGUGCGUGCCAUCGGUUUCUGCGAUCCGAUGCGUGUCGAGGACUUUGCCAUCCUGUCGUACGUGAUGCCGGAGACGGAUGUCACCCCCGAGGAAGGUCUCACGGUGGAGCAAACGUUGGCCUUCCCUCCGAACGAACGGAUACCGGCGUUCGAUGAACCGUAUCCGAUCGGGACGAUACUCAAUCACCAAACCGCACCGUGCUAUACGCCCAACGAUACGUACGUAUGUGCCGCCGACCUGGAAUCGUACGAAAUGUACCGGGAUGAGGAGCUCAUCGAGGCCGUACCGGAUCGUAGCUUUCUGUUGGGAUUCUACGUGAAGCGGGUCAACAACAGUGUACUGUUUUCCGAUCGUGGGAGUGACCACUUUGCAACUGUACGGGAUGACUUCAACACGAUAGGGGCAACGAAUAUGAUCAGCUACGAGCCACCGUCCUUCCCGUUGCUCAUCCAGCCGGAGUUGAUAGUGGACGAGAAUACGCAGUUCUGCAACGUUAGUCACAAGCCGGCCCACUGUACGGACGAUAAGCUGUGCUUCUGCACCCACCGGCUAAAGGUGAAGCACAACGACAUCGUGGAAAUUGUGCUGAUCGAUACGGCACCAGUUGUGCAAGCGUUCUAUCAUCCUUUCCAUCUGCAUGGCCACCGGUUCAUCGUGACGGAUACGGGCCAGUUCCCGAGUAAUGUUACCUCUUCCGGCUUGUUCGACUAUAUUCGAAAUCUACAAACGGUUCGGCGACCGAACGCACACAACCCCCCGUACAAGGACACCAUGUCGAUACCGAACCGGGGAUUUGUCAAGAUUCGUUUCCGGGCCAACAAUCCGGGAUUCUGGCUCGUGCACUGCCACUUUGAGUGGCACCUUGCCAACGGGAUGGCGCUCGUGUUGCAGAUUGGUGAGCCGGGGGAGAUGCGGAAACCGCCGGCCGAUUUCCCCCGCUGUGGCAACUAUCUACCACCGAUAAAUGGAGUUUGAUGGCCGGAUAAUCCUGAUGUUCCUGGG